AACACAACCUACUCACAAUUGACAACCACUCGUCAUAUCCCCUACGGAACUCGAUCCAAACCCAACAUGAUCAUCCCAGCUUCUCGAAAUGCUGUUCGGGGUCUAACUACGAAGAAGGUCAUCGGACAAAGGACUUAUGCCAACGUGGGCGACGGUGCCUUAGGAGAGGCUUUCCUGAAGGAACGAGAAGCCGUUAAGAAACAUGCAUCAGGAUCCACAGAUCUCUGGCGAAAAAUCACCUACUACGUCGGAUUUCCUGCAGUCGUUCUUGCUCUUUUCAACGCCCAGAAACUCGCCAACGAGCAUGAAGCGCACCUCGAACACAUCAAGGAAGAGAAUGGAGGCGAACUUCCCGAGCGAAUCCAAUAUGACUACCUCAAUCGUCGUGCCAAGAGCUUCCCAUGGGGCAAUUACACGCUCUUCUAUAACCCAAAGACUAACAUGCCUCCCCCAGAGUAAACCCCGCUCCAAGUUGUAUGCUCAAUGACAAUUCUACCCCUCCCAUAUUCCUCCCGCUUUUUGCAUCCCUCUUUCGAGGGAUCUGUUUGACUUGACGAUAACUAGCUCACUCCGAAAUUAAACACAGUUUCUGAGAUCAG